AUGGCCACGGAGCCCUCCACCGACAACUCAGCUGAUGUGUUUGCCUCGACUGAACCGCAAUCUUUCUGCUUUUCGGCCCCCUCCUCUCAUGGGUCUGUAAACGGAGGCUCUCCGCUGCCAGAAGAUAUCGCAAACAAGCGCAUCACGAAUGUCGAGGACCAGAUCAACUCUGCAGACGUCAGCGUGAGUGGGGGAUCGGACACCGAGGCGUCGCGCGCAAAGGAUGGCGAGAAAGGCAUAAGCCGCGCUGGCUCCUCGGCGAAGAAGCCGACCACGUUCAAGGCCGUCUCGGUCAACAAGACGUUUCUCGCCUCCAAGGCGAACCCCAGCGUCUCGUCCAAGACCAGCGACAAGCCAGCUGCGGGCUCGAGUACCCCGCCGACCGGCUCCGCCACCUUGUCGAUAUCACGACCACGGUUGGUUGCAAAGUCUGGUAGCGGUACCGGCACCUCGUCUCCGCGGUUCUCAUCACUGGCGAAUGGCGGGAAGCCGGCUGCUGCACCUGAUCCCAAUGCUGUGUGGAACAAGAAUAGGCCGACUCCAGCCCCCGAGCCAAAGAAGUUCACCGAUGAAGAGCUCAAAAAGUAUGGAAUUCACAUGGCUAGUCGCCUGAAUGAAGAAGAUACCCAAGGGCAGAACAAGUGGGCGGACAUUGAUGACGACGAUGACGACUGGGCCCCCGAGGUCAUCACUUGGGGAGAUGGCACGAAAACCACUCUCCCACAUCCCGACGAGACGGCAAAGGCAGCAGAGCGUGCUGCCUCGGAAUCAGCCAAGGAGGCUUCACCAGAGAAGCCCUCCUCUCCCGCGCCCCCGGCCACCACGAGCACUCCAGUGCCCAAAUCUGGGGGCCUUCCGUCUGGAAAGGGGUUGGUGCUUAAGAGCGCUGCUCAAGAAAAGCCGGUCCUCGUUGCCAAACCUCCAGCACCGCCGGCGCCUGCCAAGUCACCGUGGGCUACCUUGCCGCCUGUCAAGAAAGCAUCACCUGGAGUCAUAGAGUCGGCGCAUCCGCCGCGCGGUUCUCUGCGAGAUUCAUCCUUCGCCAGUAACAUGACUCCUCUACCACAUCGAGAUAUGGGGGCAGACGAUUAUUCUCGCUCAACUUGGAGAGACAGGUCGUCGUAUGGAAAUAAAGAGCUCUUCAACUCUCGGUCUGGACGAUAUGAACCUGUUCCCGAUCGCCGCCCGUCGAUGCGUUCCGACUCCCAGACCAGGUAUCCCGCCUUGCUACAGCGUGGUGGACCUCUACCAGACCACCCAGCCGAGCCCUCUGCCGCGUUCCAGACUAGUCGUACUGCCCCGGAUGCGCCAUUUGGACGACGCCGCGGAUCCUCCAAUGUCAGCGGUGGCAGCGGAUCGUAUUUACAGCGUCUGAGCAAGGGACAUGAUGGCCAUAUACCGCCCGGCCCCGAGUUUCUCGGUGUCCGGAGAGGCUCUGCGGCAGGCUCAGUCCUGGAGAGUCCUGUAUCUCCUGUGGCGGUAUCAGUGAUGAGUCAGGGACAAUCAAGACACCAGCCAUUACCCGAUGCAACUUCACGACCCUCUCCUGGAACAAGCUACGCCGCUCCUCAUCAUGGGAACUCUCACCCCGAGCAGCCUGUAGCACCUCCCUCUCAUCGGCUGGAAGAUGACAUCGAGUUUCAGAAGAAACUGAUGCGUGAGGGCAUCGAGCAGGCUAGGAAACGCCGGCAAGAGGAAGAGGCCCGCGAGGAGGCUGCACGCCGAGAGCGUAUACAAAAGAAACUAGAAGCCAUGGGGCCGCCCCCUGAAAAGAAGACUGAGGCGAAAGAGGCACCCAAGGAACAAGGAGCGAAACCGGCGCCGAGCCAGCAACCGGCGCCCAGCGAUCAAACCUCAGCACCGCCCACCGCGAAGGCAAACCAUCCGCACCAGACAGAUUCUGGUAGGAAUGACGCAGCCGGGGUACCCCAUAUCGAAAAGCCCGGGUUCGGCCACAAAGAUGCCCCAUCAACAAGCACCGUCCCGCCGGCGGGACCGGCGAACAGGCGGCUAUCUCAUAGCCAGGAUGCGGAGCCUACCAGUGUCUGGGGCAGCCGACCCGAUCGAUUCUCUUCGUGGGCUGCCGGAACGCCACGGAAUGUUUGGAGCUCCCCGGACAACGACAACGGACUUGGAAACGGCACCUUCAACCCUCAACUCAGCCGCGUAGCUGGCGCAUCUGCCCAGCCGGCUUCAGCCGGUAACGCCCCUGCACCUAUUGCUCCUCCCACCACCAUUCAGUCUUCGCACAACCGCAACCAGGUCCCAGCUCCUAUUGGCUCGCGUGCUGCGCGAUAUGGAAACAUGGGCGCUGAGCUCGCGAAUAAAUGGGUGUCGGCCGUCGUUGAAAACGACAAGAGGAUGAACGCGGAGAAGCUGGCUGAGCGGACAGGCCGUGAGCGUCAGCUGGCCGAGCGUGGAAUCUCGGUAGAGGAUGCCCAGCCCACGAUCAAGGACACAUGGCGCCCCGUUCACAUUCCGGGCGAUGGAACCAGGCGCGCGGUGAGUUCUAGCGAGCCUCAGUUAAAGAACACGGAGGAUCCCAUCAUGGGUGGCCAGCCCGGCGUCCUUGGAAAUGGGGCCGGCAGCUCUGUCUUGCCGCCGAACGGCCCAACCACAACUCCUCAGUCGCGGCCCUCUCGGUUCUUCCCCACGAGAGAUGUACGCGCCGAGGUCGGUACUAUUGAACCGCUUCGUCCCUCUACGCCGUCUCCUCCUCCGCCCACGAUGGAAGGCCACCCGGUGUAUGAAGGAGACCACACGCGUCCUCAUGUCUCAUUACCCAAGCCGCAACCAGUCGUCAAGCUGCCUCCCGCCAUGCAAGCUGCCCAAGCACUGCAAGCCAAGGCAAGUAACCCGUGGACCAAUAGGGCGCCCUCGAGAGAGAUAUCUCGCGCUCCCAUCCCUCAUGCUUACCCUGCGCGACGUGUCUCCGAGACGUCACAAGGGAACUGGCAAGACAAGAUUAACAACCUAUUGAAUGGUGGAAAGGCGUCUCCGCCGAAACAUAUGGGGAUCGAUCCCUCCAGUCGGAAUGCGCUGGAUCACACGAGCCACCAGCAGCCUACAACUGUGUCUUUGCCUGCUGCUGUAACAGUACAGCACACGACGACGGAAAGCCCGCAGACGCUUACCUCAAAGCCCAUGGCUGAGGAGUGCUUUGAAGAGCAGGAGAUGGGCUCUCUGCCGCGGAUUAGACUUCCGCACAAUGCACCCGAAGCAGCUUGGCAGCCUGCCGCAAGCAUCAAGCCGAUGCCAAAGAGAUUCUAUGUACAGCCGUCUGUUGUCGAACCAUACUAUUUCCACCCCGAGGUUGCUGGCGGCGGAAAUGCUGUGAGAAUCUACUUUCCUGGGAUGAGUGAGCCUAGGACGGCCACGAUCCCAUUCUCUGCAGCGAGAGGCGGCGGACGAGGAAGCCAUAGACCGUCCUCACGACACCGGGGCGGCGGUCACGGUCCUCGUGGUGGUGGUGGAGCAGGAGGAGGCGGUAACGGCAGCGGCAACGGCAAUGGGAACAGCAAGCGGGAGUUUUCCAAUAGCUACGGAGAUGCUGCGAAUCCAAGCAGCGGCAGCCGUGGCAGCCGUGGCGGAUAUCGGAGUCGUGGAUCGGAUAACUGGAACCGGUUCUCACAGCCUCGUGAGCAGGGUUCAUCGUCUAAUUAG